ACCCACGUCCAUGUCAGUAUCUGUAGUAAAACUUCGCUUACUUGACUAUACAGUUGCUCAGUCUAAAACCCUCACUCUAUCGGUCUGAUCCUUCAUCUCUUCCAAGACGAUGAAGCUAUCGCGAUUUCUGCAACACUCCAGGAAUUCUUUGGGGAAAUAUAUUGAUGUUAGAGAUGCCUCAAGGCUGCAUGCUCUUACAUUCCAGGCUGGCAUUUCAACUGCUAGGCAGGAUUUUAUUGCAAACGAGCGGAUAUAUGCUCCUUACUCUGUUUUCAAGGGAAAAGCUGCACUCUCAGUUCAACCUGUACCGCCAACUUUUACUAAGUUGGAUACAGGUAAUGUUAAAGUUGAACGCCGCGGUAUUAUGAUGUUGACGUUCAUGCCUGCAAUUGGUGAGCGCAAGUAUGACUAUGAAAAGCGGCAGCAUUUUGCUUUGUCAGCAACAGAGGUUGGUUCUUUGAUUAGCUUGGGUCCCAAAGAUUCUUCUGAAUUCUUCCACGAUCCUUCAAUGUUGUCAAGUAAUGCUGGACAAGUGAGAAAGAGCUUAUCAAUUAAGCCACAGGCAGAUGGCAGUGGUUAUUUUAUGUCAUUAACUGUAGUUAACAAUAUUUUAAGAACCAAUGAGCGGUUCAGUGUUCCUCUUACAGCUGGUGAAUUUGCAGUUUUGAAGACAGCUUGCAGUUUUGCGUUGCCCCAUAUCAUGGGUUGGGAUCGGUUGACUGCUAAGCUGCCCAGAGAGGCGGUGGGAAUUCCACUUAAAGCAAAUCUGCGAGAGCCUGGUUUAGAGUGGGCCAAGUGAAGCCAUCAACCACAUGGUUAGGAGAUUUUAGCGCCUUGGCUCUUGCUUUUGCUGAACAAUGCUUGUGUUACAUAUUAUAUUCGGGGAGGCUUGGUUCCCAAUUUUUGUUAAGAAUUCAAAUCAAAUCAAAGAUAUUUAUAUUUUCGGUUUUAGUUAAGUUAUUUUAUGCAAUCCUAUUAUUCUC